UAAUCCGUCUUGGCGGCUACUCGAAGCAUAGCACAGUUUAUUUUAUUUUUAGUUAUGGGGUUCAAACAAGGUUUAUGGGCUAAUAAUAGAGCAUAACUGUCUCCAAAUGUAGUAGAGGAUACUUUUUAAGUUAUGUUAAGUACCAUGUAUAACUAUGAUUCAAAUGUUAAAAGCUGAAGCAACUGCUGUCAGAGUUUCACAUCUCAGGUUGUCGAAAUAAGAUAGUGCUCUGUAGUGCAUUCUGAUUCAGCCGGGUACCCAGGAGCCCCACCAACCUGCAGUAAUUAUUCAUCCCAUUGUCGACAAUUACAAGAUGGGACCCAACUUCAAAAGAGGCCAGAUGGUUUCUCCAUACCGCGGAACAUCACGGUGGCAUUUCCUUGUAAAUUUCAGUGUUGCACUGUUUAAUCAGCUGAUCUCAUUCUAAUAAUUUAGUGAUGGUGGUACCGAGUAUAGAGUACAGAGUACAGACACAUGUGCAAAGCUUAGGCAGAAUCAAUGGCUGGGACUGGGAGAUGGUCGUCGGUUCUGGUGGCAAUGCCGACGGUCGUCGAGAGGUUCGUGGACUGGACGGUGUCGUGGCUGCCGAUGUACGGAGAGGCCAAGCUGCUGCUCAUCAUCUACCUCUGGCACCCCAACACACGGGGUGCGGGGCACAUCUAUGAUGGCUUCCUCCAUUCGCUGGUGCCAUGGCACGAGGCCUACAUCGACCGGGCCUGCUUGAGCUGAGGGCUAGGGCGAGGGAUGUGACAGCGUCACAACUCAAGGUGGUGGCUGCCAUCGGUCAAGUGUGGCUCGUCGAGACUGCCCGCUGUGUUUCGUCGCAGUUGCAGGUUGCGAGAUCAGGCUGGGAAGGCGCCACGCAUUGGCGAGUGAGCGAAUUUUUGGAUCGGACCAUAACAACGUGUCUCAGUCUCUGACGUCUAGAAGUAUUGGUAAAGUUUUGAAUUUGCAUGGCAAGAACCACUUGCGUAGGUAGCUGACAUGCACAGCACUGUGUUUACACUCUUACUUAUGUAAAAGAUAUGAAUUAUACAUCAGUUGACUCUACAAUGAGGAACUAUCAUAGUAGAUACCACAAUUGUGUGAUAGAAUGGAAUUGAUUGAUUUUAUUUUUUC